ACGUCAUCGGCGCGCGCGAGAGUGGGCGGGGGAGGGCCCGACGUCAUCGACCCGCGACGGCGUUGCCGCUCACUUCCAUCCACACCUCCGACGAGGAGACUCGCGGGUUGGCGGAGCGGCGGCGGAGGAGCGAAGCGUAGGCUUGGGAAAGGGAGGCGGUCCGAAGGGAAUGCGCCGAAAGCGGGGCCUGCGGCGGCGGGCGGGGCCUGCGGGAAGGGGCAGGGCUUGGCUGACAUCGUAUACUGACUAAGGAAGGGGGCGGGGCUUCUGUUUGCGGUAUGUGGGGGCGGGGCUUAUUGGAAGGGCGGGGCUGAUAGGCUCUGGGGCGGGGCUGGUGGGUGGGUCUUGUUUGGGGAGGCGGGGCUUAGGAGGGCAGGGGUUGGGGUCCUCCUAUGGAGGUGGGACCUUGGGAUUGGGACCCUUGACUGACUCAUAGCUCCUGGCCAUAGCUGUCAACUUUCAGAUUUGAAAAUAAGGGAUCAGCAGCCUCAAAAAUAAGUGAUCAGCAGCCUCACCUGUCCCAGGGACAGUCUACGGGAUAGCUAACAAUCCGGGAUAGCAGCGGGAAACGGCGCUGGAAUAAGGGAAUUUCCCACAAAAAAAGGGAAGGUUGACAGCUAUGCUCCUGGCUAUGUCAGGGUCAUAAAAGCCCAUCACUGCCACGAUCACCACAGAAGGGGUGACUCCAAAGGACCUCAUCCCUUUUGGAGCCCCAAGGGCUCCUAUUAUUCCCUCCUAUUAUUAUUAUUAUGUUAUUAUUUAUUAAAUUAGCAUACUGCCCAUCUCACAGUAUCUCACAGUAUUAAGACACAAAAUACAAAAUAAAACCAGAAAGUACGUGAUAAAAACAAGUACAAGAACAAACCAACAAUCCCCUCUCAAACAGAGAGACACAUUUAAAAGGAUAUGGAAUGUUAAUCAGUCCAAGGCCUGGUUGCAGCGAAACACCUUCGCCUGGCGCCAAAAGAUGUAUAAUGAAGGUGCCAGGCGAGUCUCCCUGAGGAGAGCAUUCCACAAAUGGGGAGCGACUGCAGAGAAGGCCUGUUCCCGUGUUUCCCCCCUCUGGACCUCUCAUGGAGGGAGCACACGAAGAAGGGCCUCAGAUUAUGAUUGCAGGGUCUGGGUCCAUUUAUAUGGAGAGAGGUGGUCCUUGAGAUAUUGCAGUCCUGAGCUAUUUAAGGCUUUAUAGACUAAAACCAGCACUUUGAAUUGGACCUGGAGACUAAUUGGUACCCAGUGCAGUUGGGCCAAGUGUAUUAUGCUGAAACUAUCUUGCCCCAGUGAGCAGGCUAUCCCUGCGCAGCUGAGCCAUUUUAUUCACCUCAACCCCAAUUCUGCAGGAGAUUGGAUAGUGUGUAGUGCCUGUGUGAACUGUUUCAUAUGAAAAUGUCUUCAGGUACCUUCAGAGUGAGAGUCUGUAACUGGCAGGAGGCUGGCCCCUGGUGGGUGUGAGACAUGGUAGAGAGCAGGUGUGCUCUAGUGUGACAGUGGCCAGGUGGCUUCUGUGGACUUGAGUAACACUCUUCUCAUUUCUGUCAGAUGCCAUCUGGGAUAAGUGGUUGUGGUAGAUUUUGUUGGUGGACUUUCGUUGUCCGCAUAAUAUGGGAGGAUUUUGGGGAAGGAGGCAGUGGCGUAGCGUGGAUUGCCGGCGCCUGUAGCCAUGCAGAGUUGGUAGAAGGGAAAUAGGCAGAGUACGCACGCACAUUUAACUGCUUCACGGUGUCUGCAUCACCCAGGAGAUUGCAGUCAUUUCAUUGACCGGAGAGGUCACUUCCUGGUUCACAUGGAGAAGCCGUUUUCAGUGGACCCCAGUGACGGAAGCAUGCAGCUGUAUUGCAGCAGCACCAGAUGUUGAAAUUUUCUGCCCCUUGCAACUUUGUGCCCGGAGCAACCACCCAGUGGCCUCCCAUGGUACGCUACUGGAAGGGGAGAAGGAGAGACAUAGCUGUAGGAAGGUGAUAGGUCGUAGUGGAAGAUGGGAUCAAGGUUAUUUAUGUCUUGUUCCUUGCUUCCACCUCGCCCACAGAUUGGUUCCUAGUUGUUCAUCUUGGGGCAUCUGUACAAUGCCAGCAGAAAAAAACACAAUUUUAAACACCCAACAACUCUGAAAUAUCCAGCACAGAAAAGCAACCAGCCCAGCACACUCAUUAAACAAUGGUGUAACUGAAUGAAAACCCGCCUCACCUAUUAUUUACUUGCCUUUUUAAGAAUUAAUGGUUCUUUCCAGGCAGCUUUCAACAGGACAUCAUGGCUGGGCCUCUGAGAUGCCUCUGGCAGUUGCCUCCCCUGCUGCGUUACUCCACUUUGGGGACUGCAAAGCCAUCCCUGCAGGCCCCUCUGAGGGGCCUUUUGCUGCAUGGCUGCCUGGAUAACUGGGCCCACCCUCAGAUGGUGCAGGCCAGGCACCUCGCUACCAAGAAAGCCAAAGGUGAGAAAGGGAGUCUGUGGACCUGAACUUUCCCCAAUUAUGCGUUUUCUACUGAUCACCCCAUCCUGGUGCCUUGAGAGUGGGUGGGAGGUCCCACUACUCCCUACUCAAUGGGAGUUGUGGCAGGAUUGAAGCAGUUGUGUUAUUGAUUGAUCAGUUAUUGUUAUUUUUUAUUAGGCCUGUCGCUUUUUUGCAGAGAAGUUUCCAAGGGACUUAAAACAUAUUAAAAAACAGAUACGUUGUAAUAUUGACAUGUUCAUGGAAAAACACGUGCAAUUUGUAAAAAAUGUAGAGCUAAGACAGGUAAUGUAGAGCUAAGACAGGUAAAUAAUGUAUAGCUAAGACAGGUAAAUAAUGUUUUUAUUCAUCUUUUAUGGUAAAGAACAGACAUUUUGAGAAAACAAUUGUUACAACAGUAAACAACAAAUAAUAUCCUGAUAAAAUUACAGACUUUUGUCAUGCUGUGUAAUAAAGUUUCAUUUGAUUACUCCAAGAGAUCACACCACAUUUUCCCAAGAGUAUUGGGUGGAUUCCUGCCACAGUCUGAACAAUUUAUGUAUUCAGUAAAUAUCUUCCAUAUGUUAUAAAAGGAAUAGGGAUUGUGUUAGCCCUUUGCCACUUGACUUUGUCAUUUAUCAGCCAAUGCUGUUGACCAUACUCUGGUAUACCAAGUACCGUAUUUUUCGCCCCAUAGGACGCACUGGCCCAUAGGACGCACCUAGUUUUUUUUUUGGGGGGGGGGAAUAAAGAAAAAAAAAUUAUUUCCCCACCAGGUGCGGGGCUGGGGCGGGGGAAGCCCGAGCUUCCCCCGACCCCAGCCCCCAGAACAGGCUGCUAUCCACAAGCCGUGGGAGAGCUGCUCAAAGUCGCGCAGCUCUCCCACGGCUAGCGUAGAGCUGCGCGAAGCCCGAAGCUUGGGGCGUGCUGAGCUCAGCGCACCCCAAGCUUCUGGGUGCCGGCAAGCUCUCCGCUAGCCGUGGGAGAGCUGCGUGACUUCGCGUGCCUCUCCCAUGGCUAGCGGAGCACUGCGCGAAGCCCGAAGGUUGGGGCAUGCUGAGCUCAGCGCGCCCCAAUCUUCUGGGUGCCGGCAAGCUCUCCGCUAGCCGUGGGAGAGCUGCGUCUCCCACAGCUAGCGGAUAGCUUCCUGAAGCCUGGAGAGCGAGAGGGGUUGGUGCGCACCGACCCCCCCUCGCUCUCCAGGCUUCAGCGCAAGCCUGCAUUCGCCCCUUAGGACGCGCACACAUUUCCCCUUCAUUUUUGGAGGGAGAAAAGUGUGUCCUAUAGGGCGAAAAAUACGGUAUCGAUGUUAAGCCCAAUGCCAGUUUUCCAACAUCUGACUACCUCCAUAUAGACAGCUGUCAAUAGAAAGGCUAAGAGGUCAUAAUUAGGAUGGGAUUGUAAGCCCAAGUCGUGCUACUGCAGGAUACAUUUCAACUGUUUUGCUAUAUAUCAAGCUUAUUUCUUUGAAGACAGCACUCCAGAAAGGUUUGAUGAUAUCACUACACCACCACAUAUGGAAAUAUGUACCUUUGACUGCACAUCCUUGAUUGGCUUCCUUAGAUAUUCAGGAUAGCCACAUCACUGUCGCCUCACUUGUGCAGGAGUUUUAAUGAGGAUUCCCUGAUUUUUGCAGAAACUGAUUUCAACAGCCAUCCAGUUUUCACUGGGAUUUGAACUUCUAGGUCCAUUUCCCACUGCAUUUUUGUGUAUAAUAGAUUGCCAUAUUCUAGUGUUAUUAGAGCUUUAUAAAUUGGAGGAAGCCAUGCCCCUAGAGAAUGAAGAGAGGUUAACAAAGAAUCUUAACAGCUGAUCAAAAUGGUAUCAUGACUAUUUAAGGUUUGGUAUGUCAUCUUUCUUACUUUGCAAGCAAGGGCUUGGUCGGUGUUAGGAAGCUGAGCUAGGUGGUCCCUUGGUCUGAGCUCACAAGGCAGUCCUUGUAUUUUGUGAACCAGAGGUGGAGAGUGUGUGGCUCUCCAGCUGCCGCUCCCAGCACCCCAGCCAGCACAGCCAGCGGGCACAGAUGAUGGGAACUGGUGUUCCAGCAGUGCCCAGAGAGACACAGAUCCCCACCCUUGCUUUAAGUGCACUCUUUUCUCAUGCUGACUGAAGAAUUCUGUGCAACCGAGGGUUUGCUACUCAUCAGGAAUGUUUGCUUGCACAAGCGCCAAUGAAACAAAUAGGAGCUGUAAAAAAACACAGCUAUGCUCCUGCUGGCUCUUCAGUUAGGAAACUCUUUUCGCAUGGUAGUAGUAGGGGCUAACCAGGGCUGCCUCCUCCGCCUCAAGUGUCCUCUGGCUAUUCUGUCAGGCUGUCUCAGUGGGAGAGAUGGGAAGCAGAAGGUUCAUUUCAUCAGCUUUGCUGGAGGCCCAGCUCCACAGGGCACCUGCCCCUGAACUCUUGUCAGCUGCUCUUUAUAAGAAAUGGUGCCUGAGAUUCCUGCCUCCCACCCACUUCCCUAUCCCUUUCAUCUUUUUUAGAAUGUAAGAAUGCAGGGGCAGGGAAUGUCUUGUUUUAACUGAUGGUAUUUAAGCCACUUUGGGGCUUUUUUUUUUUGGCUGAAGAACUGGUUGCAAAUACUCUAAAUCUGUGGUUCUCAAAGGGUGUGGCAGGAGAGGAUGGCAAGUGUGAUGGCAAGAUUCAAGGACAAUCAAAGAAACAUUUAAACAUUCCGGUAUAGUAUAGUAUAGUAUAGUAUAGUAUAGUAUAGUAUAGUGGUACCUUGGGUUACAUACGCUUCAGGUUACAUACUCCGCUAACCCAGAAAUAGUACCUUGGGUUAAGAACUUUGCUUCAGGAUGAGAACAGAAAUCGUGCAGCGGCAGCAGCAGGAGGCCCCAUUAGCUAAAGUGGUGCUUCAGGUUAAGAACAGUUUCAGGUUAAGAAUUGACCUCCAGAACGAAUUAAGUACUUAACCUGAGGUAUAGUACAGAAAUGGGGGGCGGGGAGAGAGUUACAACCAAAAUCAGUAUCCACGCCUCUCUUAAAGAGCCUUGGCUAUUCUUCUACAGAUUUCCAUGACAUAUUGUUGUGAACAGGGAUUUUCAACGCUGACAAAUAAAGUGGUACCUCGGGUUAAGUACUUAAUUCAUUCUGGAGGUCCAUUCUUAACCUGAAACUGUUCUUAACCUGAAGCACCACUUUAGCUAAUGGGGCCUCCUGCUGCCUCCGCGCCGCCAGAGCACGAUUUAUGUUCUCAUCCUGAAGCAAAGUUCUUAACCCGAGGUAUUAUUUCUGGGUUAGUGGAGUCUGUAACCUGAAGCGUAUGUAACCUGAAGCGUAUAUAACCCGAGGUACCACUGUAUGAAAGGUUAGAAAAAAGAAAGGCUUCUUUGUAUUGAUGAGGAGACAAGAUUUUGUUUGGUCUUUGUCUAAUAUAAAUGAGAUUACCCGGCAAAAGCCAAGUUACACCUCACUGUGAGUUUGUAUACACACUUAAGAUACAUAUGCAAGGUGCUUAUUUAUAUUUUGGGAAUGAUUUAUGUUCUUAUGUAGCUGCAUUGUUUUAUACUUCUUGUAUGUUCCACAAUCAUAUUAUAAAGUAGUUGUGUUCCAUGUUAUAAAUCAAGCACUGCUAGGAGUUGUUUCUUUUUGUUUUCCAAUGCAUUUCUUACCAAUAUAAAAUUCACUGUGGUGCAAGCAAAUUUUCAUUCUGAAAGUGUGGCCCAGAGGCAAAAAGUUUGAGAACCACUUCUCUGAAUAAAUAAACAGCAUUGCUUGUGCUUCUCCAGCUAAAGGGAAAGGCGGAGCACGUGUGAACAUCAACACCUCUCUUGUUGAGGAGAUCAUUGGCUUGGAUGAGGUGAAUGAGAAAAUGCGUUCUGUGGUCAAAACCCUGCAGGAGGAUUUCAACAAAAACUUGAGCAUCCGCACCUCGCUAGGUAAGUCACUUCCGCAGGUUUGCAGCACCUGCUCUGAAGCAGCAGCCCCCAGCUUCCCUGCAUUGCCAUCCCAACAUCUCCAGAGCUCUUCUCCAGACACAAUAAUUGAUGGCUGCCCUGCAAUUCUUAACAAAAAUGCUUUGCUUGCCCUGAGCUUGACCAGGAAGCAUCCCUUCCUGCUAAUAGCUUCCUGCAGGCAGUCAUUGCAGAGUGGGAGAUGUCAGAAGCAUCUAAGCGAACCAUUUGCAGAUGUGAUGACGAGGAGAAUUGUCAGCUACCAGUGUGGCAGGAAAGGGGCAAUUGCCACUAAAUUAGCCUCUUGGAAAUUGCCCUCAAGAUGUGGGGAGGACCAGACUUAUCUUGAUGGACUGGCACCUUUGGCUUAAAACGGGGUUCUUCUGUAGUGAAGGACGGGGAUCCCCUUCCUACGAACUUAUAUUGGUAAGCACCAAUGUUUGCAGGCCGCGAGAGCAAUCCUCGCCUCACUGAUUUGAUGGAGUUGCCGUUUCAUAAGAAGAGCUUGGCUGAAUUAUAGAAAAAAAUUAGUGACAGCAGUUGAGCGCAAGCACAAGACUUGGGCAAAGUGUGCAGUCCAGUGCACAUUCACAUGAGUGCAAGUCUCACUAAAUCGGGGUCAGCAAAGUUUUUGUGGCUUGGGCUGGUUCACAGCCCUGUGGAUGCUGCAGUGGGCUGCCUCGCAGACGCUGUGUGCACAUGCACACGUGCAAAAGCUAUUUCUGGCACGGAAGAGGCGUGUGCAGCUUCCCAUUGGCUGCAGGAAGCUGGCCAGCAUCACGGAAGGCGGUCCCUGCUCUGCUCUGCGCCGGUUUAGCGCGGUGCAAGGGAGCCGACUAAGCGGGCGGCAGGGGUCCAUGGGCUGGUUAAAUGACCCCCAUGGGCUGCUUGUGGCCCAUGGGCCUUAAGUUGCCGACCCCUGCACUAAAUACAAGGAGAAUUGAUUCUGAGUAGACAUUAGCAUUGUACUAUAAAAUGUUGGACAAGCUGCCACAAAAAUUGGCACACGUGCGCAGUCACACAUCCUGCUUUGGCUGUGUUAACGUGAAUCUUCUUGAACAGUAGCUCUUCCUGCUCAGUUUAAUGUUUUGGUUUUUCUGUUCCAGCAUUUCCAUUUAAACAUUUCCAGAGAACCAGUGGUGGUGCAGUGGUUAGAGUUUCAGACUAGAACCUGGGAGAGACAAGGGUUCAAAUCCUCUCACUUGGCUGUGAAGUGACUUUGUGCCAGUCACUCCUUCUUGGCAUAGCUUACCUCACAGUGUUGUUUUGGGGGUUAAAUGAGGAGGGGAGCACCAUGUAAGUCACUUUGAGGUCCUUUGGGGGAAAAGGGGGGUAUAUAAAUGAAGUAAAUAAAUAUACUUCAUAUUUAUAAAUAUACACACCCUGUCCGUCCUUCCUUACUUAAGUUUGUCUGGCUGGAAGCAUUCUGGAGCAAGAAUCAAAAAAGCAGAUUAACAAAGGGUCAGAAGGGAAGUGUCUGAAAUUGCAAUAUUGAGUUGUCAUUCUGUGUGGGGCCCUGCCUAAAAAGAAGUUGGGCUAUUGCUAGUGAAAAGAGCUGUUGGUUGCCUGACCAUUUGUCUUUAUAAAAAGUGAAUAACCGGUCAUUCAGCAGGCGGGGCUCUAUCUAGCAUUAGUCGGACACAGUGUGGAUCCAGUGACGUCAAACAGCAUGGCUUUACUUUCGUCCAUUCGUUUCAGUGGGGCUGCUCUGAAAAGACUUUAGUUGUACACAUCCCUUAGAUCCACUUAACAUUUUAGAGUGGUUAAUUGGUUAAAACGUUGGCAUUCGUGUAAAUUAGUUACUUAGCCGCUGGUCUCUUUUAGCAAGGUAGGGAAGAACAGUAGCCUACCUCGCAUAUAAAAAUGGAAUAAAAUGAGAAGGAGCUGGUAGUCGGACAUUGGAGUGUAGAAAGUAGCUAGUCAGAAAACACUGUCUCCCUCGGAACCACCCCCUCCUCAGUUCAGGGGUGGGGACCUUUUUUGGACAAGUGUUGGGCUUUGGUUGCCUUCAUCACACUGUUCUGCUGUUCUGCUACUGUUGGUUUAUUUAUAAAUAUAUUUGCAUACUGCUCUAUCGUUUGAAAAUCAUCAAAGCCAUUUACAGCAACAAAAGCAUAAAGCCAUGCAGCAAAACACUGAAAAGGCCAUAGAAACAUUGUGUGUGUUGGCCUUUAGAUAGCUUAGUCCAGGAGACCUUCAGCUUUGGAGACAGAACUGUGAUAAUGCCUCCUGCUUCCCUGGGUGGACUUGUGUGUAUGUGUAUAUGUAUAUGUAUAUGUAUAUGUACGUGUAAGAGUACAACCCCCCUGACUUUCACAUGGUGGGAAUGCAGCCUGCUGUUCAAAGGGAGGAGUCAAAUAAUUUCCCUGCUCCCUUUUGCCUGUCUCUCCACCCACCCAUUCACAUCGCAUAGCCCUUGCAGUGGAAAAGGUUGACCACCCCAAGGAUGGAACUGCAUGACGUUUGGGCUGUUUCCACGCUGUCUUUGCUUCCACCAGCACCCAGAUGCUGACAGGCUUUGGCGUGAAUGUCCCUCUUGUUCCAGGGGCUCUGGACCACAUCACUGUUGCAACCAAGGAUGGGAAGUUUCCCUUAAGCCAGCUUGGGCAGAUCUCCCUGAAAUCCCCGCAGCUCAUCCUUGUCAACAUGAGCAGCUUUCCAGAGGUACGUGGACAACCCUUGAUGGUCUUCUGCAUGGUUGGCUCUUGGAGUGAUUAAGAACUGCAUGAGCCAGAAAGGAGACUAAACUAAGGUAGCUGUGAAUUCACCAGGUGACCCCAGGAGCUGAAGGGGCCAGGAACAAUCCCAGCAUACCCAGGUAGGACUGGGAGAGUUCCUUGCCUGAAGCCCAGAAGAGCCAUUGCUGCCAGUCAGUGUAGACAGUACUGAGUUAGAUGGACCCAUGGCCUGAUUCAGCAUAAGGCAGCUUCCUAUGUUCUCACCCUUAGCUGAAAUGAAGGCUUAAGUAUAACGGCCAUCGCAGCUGAUAUUAUUCAUCUUGCCUUUCCCACACUGUUGACAUUUAGAGUUGUAAGCUCCUUGUGGGCAGAGCCUUCUUUUGGUGCCAUGCUUUGACAACAAUGAAAAACAUAUGAACUGCCUUGUCAGCAUUGGAGCAUCUCUGUAAUUUUGUAAGCUUUCCUGUUCCCUAGGGUCAGAGAACCAUAGGCUUGUAGAGUUGGAAGGGACCCAAAAGUCGAUCUAGUCCAGCCCCUGCAGUGCAGGAGUCAAGGCCCCCAUCCUCCAUGACCCUAAAGCAUGCUGUGGAUUCAGCAGGGACCCUAUUUCUUCCCAUCACCCCUUCUUUUGUCCUUUUAUCUGUUUUUCCUCCAAGAGUGUGUAAUGCUGGCAGGGGCUGGUGCGAGUUGUACUGUAGUCCAAAGACUCGCUGGAAAAGACUGGAGGAGAGGGCUUCAUGGAGCCACGAUUUGACCGUGCAUAAGGCAGCUUCAUUUGUCUAGGUGGUUACUGCAAAAACUGGAGCCAUAUGGGGUGAACAGGAUUUCCAGUGACCAGGUUUGACUUCAGUGCUUUUCCCUUGACUAAUGAAACCAGAAUAAAUUAUGCAGGCAGGAGAGGUGGGUUGCUUUUUUUAAAGAGAAUGAACAAACUGAAAACCCAUGUCUGAGAGAGUAGAACAGACAAAAAAAUCCCACUGCUUUUCAGUCAACCUGGCAUCAUUUUAUUACAUUUGCAACAUCAAUAGAACAGUCACAGGCUUUUGGCAACUUGUGGAAUUAUACCUUUGUUUAAAAACUGAAAUGGCUCAGAAGUUCAAGGUAAUUAAAUAGACUAUUGGUGCUUCUGGUGGUGGGUAGGGUUGGGCAGUAUAUCAAUAUAGCAUCCAAAACCUGUUUGAAGUCCAUAUUGUUAAAUUGGUUUCAUAAUUUUUGACCUGGCAAUAUAUUGCAAAUCGUGUGUGUGUGUUUGCUAUGCAAAAAUCCCGUACAAGAAAAACCAUGAAACCAGCCACUGCCUCUGCAUAGAUCAUGAUGUCUGAAAUAAGAAUGGAGCUAUCAGUAUAUCAUGAUGUUUAGCUAGUGAUAUAUCACAAUGUUGAAAACCAGCUUUCACCCAGCCCUGGUGGUGGAUUUCUGUUCGUUAUUGACUGUUGCUUGUAAAAAUAAAUGAAAACAAAUAAAAGUUGUAGAAUUCUGCAGGGUGUAGAAUACAGAUUUUGAAGUUCAGCAUGUAGACUGCCUGGGCACAGCACAGUGUGUGUGCAUCUAUUUAAAAAAUAGCCCCCCGAAAGGCCAAAGCCGCCCCCUCCACAUUGCCUGUCAAAAGGGCUGUGUGCCUUGUCUCAUCCCUGCCUGCCUCCCAGCUCUGGCUGCUGAUGGGGCUGGCAGCUUUCAGAUCCUGCCUGAAAAUCCACAGCUGUGAAAAACAGGCCUUGUGCUAAUCCCUGUUAUUUUCACACUUGCCUAUGGUUGCAAUGUGGAACGAGUUAAAAUGAUUUAACUCUUGCCUCUAAGCUCCUGCUGCAUGAGAUCUUUGGCACGCAGAGUCAGACCCUGGAAUCUUUCAUCUGCUUUUGGCCUAUGUCUUGCAAAGUCCAGAGUCUCCUUCCACCAGCAUCCCCUUGGGAAUUCACCUUAAAAAAAAAAAUCUGUAUUGCCUCAAACCAUCAAAAUGGUUUUGGUUUUCCACUUUUGGUUUUCUUCCUCCCUUCCUUAGCUGCUGACCCCCCCCUUUGCCCUCCCCCCACAGCCACUUCACUGAUACCUCAAUACUGGGGAUGAGGGAGGGGCUGCAGUUUGCAAUCCAGUUUUGAUCAAAGGGGCUUGCGCUGUUGUAACUUCCUGGUUUUGCUGGUAAGCGAACUAAAUGUUUCCAUGUUCUGUCAAGAUGGAUUGCUUCCAUUGAUGGAGAGCUCCGGCAUUUGGUAAUAAUUAUUUGCUAAUUCCCUCCGCCUUUUUUAUCUCAGGGUGGUUUUUUCGUUGUUGUUUUUUUUGCAGAGCGCAGCUGCAGCUAUCAAGGCGAUCCGAGAGAGCGGAAUGAACCUGAACCCAGAAGCAGAUGGCCUGAUCAUUCGCGUGCCUGUUCCUAUGUAAGCAACCACAGCAGCCGUCUCUCUUGAUUUGGCAACCCCAGUGGGGGAACGCGAUAGCGCUGGCUGGCGUUCCUGGGCAACCCUAGCUUUGCACCCUGGAUUUCUUUUAUGGAGUUGAGGGGAUUAGCUGAAGGAGUGUUUUCUAUCAUGUAAACCUCCCUCUUUGCUGAGGUUCUCUGGGUUCCUCACACUACCACUUGCAGCCCAAGCGACUGCAGAGAGGCCUUUCUCAGCAGCGGCACCCAGACAGGGAGAUUGCUGCCAGCUCCAGAUUUCAGCAUGCCUUUGGGCAAGGUGGUCUCUGUGAAUCCCCUUCCUCAAGGGAGUCUGCCUCUUACUUUGUUGUCCAGGACACAUUGUGGUCCUUUCCCAGUUCCUUGUACAGCUGGCGCCCACCGAGUUGGCUUCGCUUCUGAACUGACCAAUGACAGCAGUGAUGAGGUUUGAAAAUGUAUGAUGGAGAGAUGCUUUUCCUCCCCACCCACUCCAUCACCUUGUUUCACCAAAAGUAAAGGUAAAGGGACCCCUGACCAUUAGGUCCAGUCGUGGCCGACUCUGGGGUUGCAGCGCUCAUCUCGCUUUAUUGGCUGAGGGAGCUGGCGUGCAGCUUCCGGGUCAUGUGGCCAGCAUGACUAAGCUGCUUCUGGCGAACCAGAGCAGCGCACAGAAACGCCGUUUACCUUCCCGCCGGAGAGGUACCUAUUUAUCUACUUGCACUUUGAUGUGCUUUCGAACUGCUAGGUGGGCAGGAGCAGGGACAGAGCAACGGGAGCUCACCCCAUCGCAGGGAUUCGAACCACCGACCUUCUGAUCGGCAGGUCCUAGGCUCUGUGGUUUAACCCACAGUGCCACCCAUGUCCCAUAAGUUUCACCAAAAACUUGCCCAUAAAAGCUGGUUGUUUAUGUAUUUAUUUGGUUUCUAUACCACCACUCCUUCCAAAUUGGAGCCCUGGGCUGCAUACAACAUAACUAGAGCAGCGUCAAAGAAUGGCGAUUGGCAGUAGCUUCCAGACUGAAAAGAAAACUGCCCUCUGAAACACACUUAAUAAUUCCAGCAUCAUCAAUGUAAUUUAACUUAGGUUCUGUUCAAUAGCAUAGCACAAUGAACAGUGCAAUGGGUGCUAUUUACAGACGAAAUCUUACAGAGUCCAAAAAGCAGUCUUUUUAAAGGAUUAGAUUUGAUUCAUGGGCAAUAGAUUAGUGGGUGAUAGACAGUAACUAAGGACCUAAGAAUAGCCCUGCUGGAUCAGACCGAAGGGGCCCCACCUAGCCCAGCCUCCUGUUCUCACAGUUCUCCAGCCAUGGAGUCUUAUCCUCCAUUAAUUUGUGUAAUUCUCAUUUAAAGUCAUCUAGGUCGGUGGCCAUAGGAGGGAGUUUCAUAGUUUGAACUACGUGCUGCGUGAAGAAGUGACUUAGUGGAACUUAUGUUUGCAGAACAGUCUACCUUAAAAAUAAGAAUCUAUGGGCAAAUAGCAAAGGAGAGCCAUGCUGGAGCUGUCCACUUUGGAAACUGACUGCUGGGCAAGAGGGGUCUUGGCUCUGGUCCAAAUUUCAGUCUCCAAAUUUCCCAUGGAUAGUAUCAAGAGGGUAGUCUUUGAUGGCCUUGGAGAAGGUGACCAGACAGGAUAAUGUUGGGUAUUAGAUUAAGCAUAUCAUACAGUGUUAGUCCUACUCUGCGUAGAACCAUUGUACUUGAUGACCGUGGCUAACUUGAGUACAUUAAUCUUAUUAAUUUCUUCAAUAACCAUGCCAUUGUGAUGUAACAUCAGCGACACUUCGUUUGAUCAAACUUACCUUUGUUGAUAUCUACAGGAGUCUGGCUAAAGGAACUUUAAAGACCGAAUCUUGCUUUUGGACACAAUUUGAAUGAGUUUUCUGUUUGUGGCUUCUGUAGUAGAUCUUGUACCUUGUUCUCUUAAUUUUUGGAUUAUUAAUAUAAGAUUUAGAACGAAGAAUGGUUUGGUAGUGUUUUGUGCGCCGCUUAUGUCCUGCUUACUUCAUACUGGUCUACAUUGUGAUGUUUCAAGCAACUUUACUUGGCCCCGGGGGACUCACAAAAGUGGAGCCCCCAGCCCUACAGAUUACACAGGCUUACAUAGGGGGAUCCCCUCCCCUUAGCUUUAUACAUGCGUAGAAAUUAUGUCCCUUUCUCAGGGCAGACGCAUGCCUGCGUCAUCAGAGCUGGAUGCCGGAUUUGGUGAGAAGAACAGGUCAGCUCAGGGCUGAGUUUUUCCCUGCACAGGAGUAAUUGACACAUUCUUCAUGCGGUCUGAGUAAGCAGAGUCGCCUAUCUUAACAAUACCCUUUCACACCCUCUUUUACAUCUCUUAGGCUGUCUAUCAAUGCAUAUAGUAUAAUUCCCACUACAAGGGUGACUCUUGAGUAGAACUUAGCAGGGAUGCAGCCCAAAGUCCCCAAAGAACCCUUAAUAAAAGCAACCUCCCCACUCGCCUUGGAUCUUCCAUUUCCCUGCACGUGGUAGGAAAUCCAGCUUUUGGGUUCUGGCUCCGCAGCAAAGGCCUUCAGGAAAGCUCACCGUAGCAGUUUCACAGACAUGUAGCCAAGGGCUGAGGGACCUGAGCUCCCAGCUAUUCUCAGCACCAGCCAGCAUGGCCUGAGGUUGGGGGUAAGGACAGCUGGAGCCCCCAUCAGCUUCUCUGCCCACACCCCGGGUGGAGGCAACAUCAGGAGAGAUCAUCCUGAAAUUAGCGCAGCCAAGCACUCAUGGCAGAGUGUGGCUGAGCACCAGCAUUUUUUGCUUUGGCCGAUAAGAUCCUGCUCUGGUUUCUGCAGCUCCUCCUGCUCUCUUCUUCCUUUCUCUUCUCCCUGCCCGGUUCUCCCCUCCCCUCAACUCCCCCCCCCCCCCCAUGCAAUCCUGAAGGAGGCUGCUAUUAUCCUCCUAAUUGCUGAGGAUUUCGACUGGGUGCACAGCAGCCUGAUUAUUAACACACUCCCAGAUCAUCCCCUGGUUUGAAUUACACAGGAGGAGGGAAGAGACCCAGGAGGAGCGGAAAGGAAGGAAGGCAGGUUCCAAUGUUACUCUCACAUCUCCUCCUUUGUCGCAAGGCCACGCUUCUCCCUCUGUUGCCCCAUUUCCUGUCCCCAACUGCAGGGUGUAACCAGGGCUUUUUUCCCUAGAACUUGCUGAGCACCCACCCAAAGUCAUUGAAAGAAAUUGAUAUCUUGUGGCACACAUACUGUGGAACUCCCUGCCUAUUGAAACCAGGCAGGUGCCUUUGCUCCUUUCAGUGCCUGCCUGCCCAGACAUGUAGAAUGCUGUCAUAUGUUUUAAGUUUUUAGUUCAAUGUUGGUUUCAACUUUUGAAAGUUUUAAAGAAUUUUUACUGAGAAUUUUAUUGUUUUAUUUUCCCUGUAAGCUGCUCUGGGUUUGUUUGUUUUUUGUUUUUAAAACAAACUUGUGAUGUAUACAUUUUAUGCUUUAAAUGAAUAAAAUAAAGCAGCCAGUGCCCUCCAUGUGUUUGGGGCUACAGCUUCCAUCAGCCCCAGCAAGUGCAGGGAAGCAUAGAAAUUGCCUGGAACAUCUGGAGGGUCUCAGCUUCGCGAAACCUGCCAUGUGAGGAACCUUGCUCUUCCUCACCUGUUGUUCUUGUCUCCACCUCUCCCAUAAAACUCCCAUAUCUCCUAAGCAUGAUUUUCCCUAUCACUCAAGGCUUUCUCCCCCACCCCGUUUUCAGGGCCAACCAGAUUUGCAUCUGCGUAAACAUUCAGAAACCUUUCUAAUCCCCUGCUCCAGUUGCCUUGUAGCAAUUCGCCCACACAUUUAUUGAGAGUGGUUUUCCUGACAUUUCCUUUUUGUAUUACACUUAAUCUUAUCGUUGCAAUUUAUUAAUUGCCUUCUAAACCACCAUCCCACAGCAGAUUACACGUAAGGUACUUGAAAGGAUUUAAAACACAGAACCAACAAAUACAUUCAAAACAAGGCAAAAACCCUAGAUGUAAGAGGACAACUCAUGGUAAAGACCCAUCGAUCCAGCUGAGGAUUUGAAAGUGCACAUAGCAGGUGCCUGUUGCAUCGCGACAGGUACGCGAUUCCACAAGGCAGGGGCAGCCACACUAAAAGCCCUGCUCCAAGUUACUGCAGAGUUGGCUGCUGAGGUCUUUGGAACUUGAAGGAGACUGCAGUGAUGUCCUAGGUCCAUAAGGGGUAAGCAGUCUCUCAGAUAACCUGGUCCUGAGCUGUAUAGGAACUUAUAUGUUUAGUACCAACACCUUGAACUUGGCCUAGUAGCAAAUUGUCAGCCAGUACAAAUCCUGCAAGCAAGGACUGCGAUGCCUCGAGCACCGCCUUACCCCAUAUGGACCAACUUGGACCCUGUGAUUAUCACCUGAGGUCCUUUGUGUGCCUCCUGCAUGGGAAUUUCUGGAGGGUGGCAACACAAGAACAGGCCUUUUCUGUGGUGGCUCCCUGCUUGUGGGAUGUUACAUAUUUUGGGGCCAUGCAGAAACAUUCCUCUUCUCCCAGGCUUUUGGUUAGUUAAACAAUCUAUGGCCUUUAAAACUGUGGGUGGGGAGGUGUUAUAGUUUCUGUUUGUUACUAUGUCAAUGUGUUCUUGUAUUGCAAACCAUCCUGUGAUCCUCAAGAUGAAGGGUGGUAUGGAAAUUUAAUAAACAGAUAAAUGAAAUGAGAAUUGCCCCCACAAUCCACCGAGCCGCCAUGUUCUGUACCAGAUGCAGCCUCCGGGAAAGCCCCGAGGAUAGCUGCACAUGGAAUACAUCGCAGAAAUCCAGUGGUGAGGUUGUGAGUGCAUGAGCAGCUGAGGUCAAAGACACCCUUUGCUUACUGUUUGACUAGGGUCACCCGUGAGCACAGAGAGAACCUGGUUACUGUGGGAAAGCAGCUGACAAACAGAGCGAAGGAGUCCCUGCGGAGAGUUCGCGCCGAGGCCAUCAGCCAGACCAGGAAGGCCAAAAGCUCCACGUCAGAGGAUACCAUCCGGUUGAUAGAGAAACAGGUACUAGUUGGUUGAUGGGCCAUUUUCUAAUACAGUAGUACCUUGGGUUACAGAUGCUGCAGGUUACAGACACUUCAGGUUUCAGACGCUCCAGGUUACAGACGCUUCAGGUUACAGACUCCACUAACCCAGAAAUAGUACCUCGGGUUAAGAACUUUACCUCAGGAUGAGAACAGAAAUCGUGCGGUGGCGGCACGGCAGCAGCAGGAGGCCCCAUUAGCUAAAGUGGUACCUCAGGUUAAGAACAGUUUCAGGUUAAGAACGGACCUCCAGAAUGAAUUAAGUUCUUAACCCGAGGUACCGCUGUACUAUAUUAUUAUUAUUAUUAUUAUUAUUAUUAUUAUUAUUAUUAUUAUUAUUAUUUGCUAUUAUAUUUAACCCUGGAACGCAUCCAGACCUGCUCCCACAUCAAAAGCCAUCCUGUCAGGGAGAACUCAGGGGUGAGAGUUCUGCUUCUGUGCUUGAAUCCUGCUUGCUUGUUCCUCACUGUGAGAACCUCUCCUCUAUGAAUUUGUCUAACCCUCCAAGCCAUCCAACUUGGUGGCCCAUCACUGCUCCUGUGGGAGUGAGUUCCAUAGUUUUAACUGUGUGCGACAUUAAAAAAAAAACCACUUAGGUGAAAUCUACACAUAUAUAAAAACGCUGUGAAAAUGCUUUAAAAAAAAAAAAGUUUUGAAAACUAUAUUGAAUUUGCCAUAGCUCACUGUCGCCAUCUAGUGUCCCUUUUGUGUGUUGCACUUUACAACACAGUCAAAAUGUUUUAUUUGCAGCUGUAUAGCUGAGUCCUUACUUACUGAACUUGCAAACAUUCAGCUUCCUUGGACGUCCGUAAUGUUUUUAUUUUUUAAAAAAAGUUGCCUGCAUUCACAAACUUUUCUCCCCCUUGUGCUCUCAACCUGCUGCAGAUCCAGCAAAUGGCAGAGGACACAGUAGCCGAAAUGGAGAAGCUGUUGGCAGCAAAGACAAAAGAGCUGCUUGGUUAGCCUGCUUACGGGAGAUUUCAAGCCAUCUGUCACCAGGAGGAGUUUUCUACCCAUCACUGGACUCUCACGGCCUCCUGUGUGGCUGUAGCAUUUUGGCUCCAAUCAUGUGCGAGGCUCUUUCGAUCGGGUCGACGAUCAUCCCUCUCGCCCUCCCUAAGACUUUGGCAUUGGCCAGAAAAAUUGUGUUGGCAACUUCAAGGGCAGCUGGGGCUGAUGAAAUUAAUACAGACAAGGUUGCAGCCCCACUAAAACCUUGUUGACGUAACCACGUAGAGUGGUGGUUCUUGGCAAGAGAGAGAGAGCGUGCCUCAUCAAAGAGGAUUUUUUUUUCCCUAGGAGCAAUCACAUUUUGGAUUGUCGUUGACCGCCUUGGCCAUUUUCACUCGCUUGUAAACUUUGUCAGAGUGGGAGGAGGCAGCAGAGGCCAGGCGUCUUCACGAACUCACAGGGAAUCUUGUACAUUAAAUAAAGCACCCCAGGAGGUAUGAAGUAUCUCCAUGUGAUCUGA